GCUAUUUAUGCAACAAAAUAUCUUACCCAUUUUAAUAUUUCUAUUGUUUGCUUGCCAUAUUUUCUCAUAUGAAUGAAACGUGAUUUUAAUCUCGUUUUACGCAUAAGUAAAUUUAUAUAGGCUAGUCAACAAAUUAUAAGUGACAGUAUAAUUAGGAUAGAAAUAUGGAUGACAGACUCAUGCUUCCUAACCUAGUCGGACUCGAAUAAAGCAAUUUUCAUUAAGUCGAAGUAUCAAUCCUAAAGUAUUUUAUCUUCAAAAUAUAUAAAUUCAGUUUUAAUAUAAACAUACACAUUAUGAUAUAAGUAAAAGUACAGUUACACUAGUUUACAAAUUUCAUGGUGUAAAGUGUUCGUGUUUUAUUAAUUUUAAGCAGUUGUAAAUAAUAUAAGUUAACCAUGCAAGAAAAUACACGUGUAUUACCACGAAUUUUUACUGCAAUACAAAAUGUAGAUAUAGGAAUUUUAGCUGUGUGUCCUCACAAAGAAAUACGACCAAUUCUACCGUGUUUAGUUCGAAUGAGUCUUAUAUCUCCAUUAGAUGUAACAAAAGAAUGUGUAGAACAAAGAAAGCAGGUCCUGUCAAUCUUAUCUGGCAUUGAAUCAGUAAAUUCAAUAAUUGCACUGCUUUCUAUUGACUUUCAUGCUUUGGAAACGGAUGUUCGAAAGGAACAACAAUUAAGACAAAAGAUGGGAAGCUUGCAAAGGGAUAGUGUACUUGCUCAGUCACUGCAAAGUGGUCUUGCUCUAGAAUUUGAGCGCAGUGAAUCUACCAGGAGAAUUAGAUUAGUCCUAAGUGAACUGUUAUAUAUAGCUUCUCAAGUACAGGAGCAACAGAAAAAUCAAGAAUUUCAAAUUAAACAGUCUGAUUUAUUUGAUAAUGCAGUUUAUAUGGAAGAGAUUAGUUAUGUGAUUUGUGUAGCACUAUCAGAAUUACCAACGGUUUUAUCAAUAUUGGAUAUUACAGAAACAUUAUUACAUGUUAAAUACGGUCCAGAAAUAAUUUGUUGGAUAGUUGCUAAUAUCCCUGAUAGUUUUUCCGAAGUUUGUGCACAUUUGAUAGGUAAUGGAGAAAGGCAAGAAGAAUCAGCAUUAGGUAGGAUUAGAACAAUGGCUUUGACAAUGUUAUGUCAAAUGAAUCCAAGCCAGGCAUUAGCAAUAAGGGCCAAGUGUGUAGAACUAUGUAGAAUGCCUGCUUUAGCGAUUACAUUAAGCUUGGAACAUGAAAAUAUCAAUAAUACACUGGCAGAAAGUGAUAUAGUUGCCUUUGUAUCAGGAUUAUUGCUUGGCAGUGAUCAACAAGUAAGAACAUGGAUUGCAAUGUUCAUUAGAAAUGGUCAAAAACGUAAAUGGGAAUCUCAUACAGCAUUACAAUGUUUAAGAGAAGAACUGCUAAAACGAUUGCAAGCAAUAACAUCUCAAAAUGCAGGCCAACUACCAGAAAGUCAGGUUGUUCAAGCUAGUGCAUUGUUGCGCCUUUAUUGUGCAUUAAGAGGCAUUGGAGGUAUUAAAUUUCAAGAUGAUGAAGUAACAAUGAUAGUGCAGUUGUUGACAUCUCAUCCUCCUCCAUCACCAGCUGGUGUGAGAUUUGUCUCUUUAGGCCUUUGUAUGCUUAUCGCAUGUUCUUCAUUAAUAGGCCAUCAUAAUCUUGAAAAGCGAAGUAUAGAAUGGGUGCAAUGGCUUGUACGUGAAGAAGCUUAUUUUGAAAGUGCUAGUGGUGUAACAGCAAGUUUUGGAGAAAUGUUGCUUUUGAUGGCAAUACAUUUUCAUAGCAAUCAACUAUCAGCUAUUUGUGAACUCGUAUGUGCAACUUUGGGGAUGAAAAUACCAAUUAGACCAAAUAAUUUAACUAGAAUGAAGCAAAUUUUUAUGCAAGAGAUAUUCACUGAACAAGUUGUCACUUCUCAUGCUGUAAAAGUACCAGUAACAGCUAAUUUAAAUGCAAAUAUCCCAGGAUUUUUGCCUGUACACUGUAUUCACCAAUUGUUGAAAUCAAGAGCAUUUGCUAAACAUCGAGUGCCAAUAAAAAAUUGGAUUUAUAAACAAAUUUGUAACAGUGUACCACCAUUGCAUCCGGUUCUUCCUGCUUUAGUCGAAGUAUAUGUCAAUUCAAUUUUAGUGACAAAUAAUAAAACAUCAGAACACACAAACAAACCAAUUACUGAAGAUGAAAUUAGAAGAGUAUUUCAAAAUAGCGUAUUCGGGGCAAAUUUUGAUUUUAAGAAUAUCAACAGUGUCCCCAAGACUGAAACAGAUAAUAAUAUGGAUAUCGAUAUUUCAAAACCUUCUCUUACAUCACAAUUACUAUUGUUAUAUUACUUAUUACUGUAUGAAGAUGUUAGAUUAUCUAAUAUGCAUACCUUUAUAUCACAAGAUAGGAAAGUUAAAUCAUAUUCAACUGAAUUUUUAUCAGAGUUACCAAUAAAAUACCUACUUCAGUUGGUUCAAAGAGAUCAAAUGAAUUAUGCUGGAUUAUUUUCACCUCUUCUCAGAUUAUUAGCAACACAUUUCCCUCAUCUUUCAUUAGUAGACGAUUGGCUUGAUAAUGAAAUGAUCAACAUUGAUUCUACAGUAACAAAUUAUGAGAAUGUAAAAAUUACUGAUAUCAUGAUAAUUGAAACAUUUUCGCAUAUCCAAACAUGUCCUUCAAGAACAGGAAGACUAUUAAGACAAUUAAUGUCAAUGAAACCAACUGAUAUUUGGCCGCAUGCUGAAGUUAUAAUUCAUUAUUUCAAAGCAACUGUAAGCCCAAGAGUUCCUAGGUACAUUCAAGAAUUAUAUAAACAAGUAUGGCUUAGGUUAAAUACAGUACUACCAAGAUGCUUAUGGGUUUUGUCAAUAAAUGCUUUAUUAAUAGAAAAUUCUCUCGUAAAAAAUGUUUUUUUAACACAAGAAAAUAUUGUGUUAGAUCCAUUACAAGUAUUGAGAUGUGAUACGAGAGUUUUUAGAUGUGCUCCAAUUUUGUCCGUUAUUUUAAGAAUUCUACAAGCUGCAUUAGCAGCUUCUCGAUCUCAGUUAUCCAGACAUAUACAAGACAAACCAUUGAUAGAAAAGAUUGGUCAGUUAUCAAGUGAAGCUGAAAGAGAAGAUUUAAGAACAGCAUUAGUGGCAGGACAAGAAAGUGCGGCUGUCCAAAUAUUAUUAGAAGCAUGUUUGGAGACAGCAGAAGAUAGAGAAACACCCGGACAGAUGUGGUCAUUGAGAGAAAUACAAAGUAUAAUCUGUUCAUAUUUGCAUCAAGUCUUCAUAGCAGACCCAUCAUUGGCUAAAUUGGUUCAUUUUCAAGGUUAUCCAAGAGAGCUGUUACCCAUUACAGUUACUGGUAUUCCAUCCAUGCAUAUUUGUCUUGAUUGGAUUCCUGAAUUACUGUCACAGCCAGAACCAGAAAAGCAAAUAUUUGCUGUAGAUUUAGCUUCACAUCUUGCAAUUCAGUAUGCUUUACCAAAAGCUUUAAGUAUUUCUCGUUUAGCCAUCAACACUUUGAUAACACUUCUAGGAGUAUUAUCUGCUAAAGAUCGAGUAAUUUUAUUUAUGCCUGUGCUAUCAGCAUUAACGCGUAUAUGCUUAGCUUUUCCACCACUAGCUGAGGAUACAACAAGUUUGCUGUUACAACUUGGCAGAGUUAAUUCUGCACAAGCAGCAUUAGGAGAUAAAUCUGCAGAUAUUUUAUGUCAAGAAGUUAAUGAAACCUUUUGUUUGUUAUUACAAAAAGCAAUAUUACAAUCACAAGUAUAUUGAAAUAUUAUUCUUAAUUCCUUUAUACUGCUACUGAAAUCAAUGUUUGAUUGUAUUACAGUAGAAUAGUAAUUAUCCAAACUGUUCUAAAUAUGUAUCUUAUAAUAUACAGGGUGUCCCAUCUAAUUAUGCCACCCUUAAUUAUUUUCUUAUUUGUCACAACACAAAAAAAUGUUUCAUGAGUGUUGUAUUGUAUUCGAGUAUAUCAGACUCUGAGAAAUCAUCUCAAGGUCUCAUAUCUUGUGAGAUUUUAUUAAUAGUAACGUUUUUUUAAGCAGAACAUCUCAUAUUUUCUUUUCUUUUUUUUUUCUUUGUUUGUUUGUUUGUUUGUUUGUUUACACCAUUAAAAAGGUGAGAUUAAAACGCAUCCGAUCACACAUGGCAUAUACCAUGAUUUUGAAAUAACCAGAACCGAAAAUUUGGCAAGUAAAUGACUGAAGUGAAAGCUCACGGAAAAUUAAUUACAGAAACAAAAUAAACACUUUAAUCGGUUAAACUUCGUUUUGGGGAAUCACCUCGUUUUUUUAACUUUUCUGAUGAAAUUGCAGAAAAGGUUUCGCACCUUCGAUUUCAAUGAUUUUGAAAUAUAUUAUAGAAAUCAACAUUUUAAGCAACAUUUUCUUAUACAUAUAAUCGACUAUAAUCGACUAUAUAUUGCCUAGUUUUCGAGAUAUUCGUAAACUACAGUGUUAGUACCGCUACAGUGAAUUAUAUGCCCAUAAACGCGCAUCCGUAGCACACUGAUAUAUAUAUAUAUAUGUAUAUGUUUGCUGGCGGCCGAAUAAAAUAACAUGUAACACAA